AUGAUGGAGAAUCUUCUAUGCUCUCUUAGAAGCACUUUUGGCACUUGGCUGGACUCCAGUUCCACUUCCGGGGUGACUGAAACCAUCUUUGUUAUUCUGCUUGGACUGGGGCUCUUUUUCCUGUUCCAUCCCUAUCUCCAGAACAAACCAACUUUACCACCUCUUAGGAAACACAGAAACACCAAGAAGCAUCAAAUGCAGCUGAGCGGGAGAUGCAGGGGUAGGAAGACAGAUAGAGCUUUGAAAGCUUGCAGAGAUUGCCUGAAAGAACUGGAAGAGGUCCGGGACUUGGCUUCCCAUCUGCAAAGACACCUGGGGAAGAUUACUGACAAGAACACCAUUCAUCAGCUCUCCUCUCAAGAACCCCCUGGCGAGGUGUGCAAGGAAGCCCUUGCUGGAGCCCACUAG